AUGGAGCUACUGAGGUUGUCAUACGGGAUUGACAAAUUGGAAAAUCUAGUCGAUGAGCGAUGUAGGCUUGUCUUGAACUUGCAAAUGAACCCUUCUACUAAUGACACAAUCAAUGUGAAGAAACAGCUGAACGCGACCUUAGAAUCGCUGAAAGAGAUGGAAGAGAAUAUCUCUAGAGCUGAUGAAUCCCAAUUUGAUGGCCUAGCAGACAAGUACAAUGGAAUUAUCGCCAAAAUACCUGACAAGGCGGUAGAAAAGAAUCUUUACACUUAUAUUAAGGAAGCCAAGCCCCAGAAAGCAAGCGAGACAUCUCCUGUCGAAUCCAAACGGGUAAGAUUCAAGGAUGACAUCCUUGAAUUUCAGGAGCUGGCUGGAGAGUCAGAAAAUGCCUUUUUGCCUUACACCGAUGAGACCCCCCAACAGGAUCAAGAUAGGGCCAGGUUGUUUGAAAGCAAUGACUAUCCUGAUUCUCAAAGGCCAGUAAUAGCACCUCGACUUUCUAAUCAAGAACUAUUCGUACAACAACAGCAACAACUCCUGGAGCAGGACUCCCAUUUGGAGGAGCUAUCCCAAUCCGUUCACCGGGGACAUGAUUUAUCGCUGGACAUAAAUCAUGAAAUGACGAAUCAAAACGACAACGUUUUGCGGGAUUUAGAGAGCUUGGUCGACAACAGUGGUAGAAACCUUGAUAGAGCCAAGAAAAGGUUGCAUGUCUACGAGAAAACGGCUCGAGAAAAUGGGCCCUGUCUGAUAAUAGUACUUCUAGUUCUCAUACUUGUGCUUUUGUUGAUUGCCCUAUGA